GUGAGUGGGUGUAUGGGUAAUGUAGUAGAGCGGCAGACACGUGGGUCGUAGCGUUGCUGUUCAUUCGAAGUUUGCGGAAACAUGGCGGGCCUGGAACUGUUGUCUGACCAGGGAUACCGUUUAGAUGGAAGAAAAGCCACCGAGCUGCGGAAGGUUCAGGCCCGAAUGGGUGUGUUCGCUCAGGCGGACGGCUCUGCGUAUUUAGAGCAGGGAAACACGAAAGCUCUGGCUGUGGUUUAUGGUCCGCACGAAAUACGAGGUGCACGCAGCCGAAUUCGUCAUGAUCGAGCUGUUAUCAACUGUCAGUACAGCAUGGCCACAUUCAGCACAGCAGAGAGGAAGAGGAGGCCACACGGAGACCGCAAGUCAACUGAGAUGAGCCUCCACCUCAAGCAGACGUUUGAAGCUGCUGUGAUGACCCAGCUAUACCCACGCUCUCAAAUAGACAUCUAUGUCAAGAUUCUGCAGUCAGACGGAGGUAACUACAGUGUGUGUGUAAAUGCUGCCACUCUGGCGGUGAUUGAUGCUGGCAUCCCCAUGCGGGACUACGUGUGUGCCUGCACGGUCGGGUUUGUGGAUGAGACGCCCCUCGCUGACCUUUGCUAUGCAGAGGAAAGUGGAGGAGUAAGUUCUCUGGCCUUAGCACUGCUGCCCCGGGGCGGACAGAUCGCUCUGCUGCAGAUGGACGCCAGACUACAUCAGGAUCACUUAGAGUCUCUGAUCGAAGCUGCCAUGACAGCUUGUAAAGGAGUGAGCAAGGUGCUGGAUGAAGUGGUGCGACAACAUCUCCAAGAAGUUUCUGUGCUCUCUGGAGAGUGAUGCCGGGAGGAGGGGUGAACAUCUAGACUAGUUUUGGUUGCAGACUGGAAUGGAGAGAAAUGAUGGGAGAGUCUUGGGAGUGAAUGUUUUUUUUUUUUUUCAAGUAUUCAUGGCAAUUAUACUUUUGUUCAGUAUAUGUGUGUUGAAGCUAUAAAUAUGUCAACUCUGCAUUA